UGCGAACAGUAGUUCAUAUUAACUUAAUUCUCAUCGAAUUAAGAGACCUAGCCUAAGAUGGCAUUAAAAUGGGGUGUAGCGGGCGCAGGAAGAAUUUCCCACGAUUUUGUGACUGCCGUUCAAACAUACCCCAAAAGUGAUCAUGUAUUUACAGCAGUUGCCGCUCGGUCUAAAGCCAGUGCUGAGAAAUUCGCUAAGGAUCAUUCGAUUCCUCAGUCUUACGAAGGAUAUUUAGGAUUAGCGCAGGAUAAGAAUGUUGAUAUUGUCUACGUUGGCAACCUCAACCCUCAACAUUUUGAAACAGCUAAGAUGAUGCUGGAGCACGGCAAACACGUCUUGUGCGAAAAACCUUUUACUAUGAAUGAGAAACAAACAAGACGAUUGUAUCAAAUAGCACAAGAAAAAAAAUUGUUUUUAAUGGAAGCCAUAUGGUCCAGAUUCUUUCCAGCAACGAUGGAAAUGAAGAGACUUAUCGAUAGUGGAGCUAUUGGAGAGGUAUUGCAUGCUUCUGUUCAUUUUGGACAUCAGAUAGACCAUGUUGAUAGAAUUACAGCAAAGGAUCUUGGAGGCGGAGCCAUUUUAGAUCUCGGCAUCUACAUCCUGCAAUUCCAGCAGUACGUCUUCAGAAAUCUUAAACCAGUCAAAAUAGUCGUCAACGGACACGUUAACAAAUUCGGAACAGACGAUUUAUGCGGAGCUGUUAUUACAUACCCAGAAGGAAAAAUGGCUAUCGUAAGUACAUCAACUCGGUUAAAACUACCCAACGAAGGAAUUGUGGUUGGGACUAAAGGAACACUGAGGCUGCCUGACUUUUGGUGUCCUGAUAAGCUGAUAAUGCCUGACGGUAGUGUUAAGACGUAUCCGCUUCCAGUAAGUUCAGUGCCUUUCUUACAUCAUAAUAGCGCUGGUCUAUGUUAUCAAGCUGAGGAAGCAAGACAGUGCAUUAAGAAAGGUAAAAUAGAAUGUCCACAUAUAACGCAUGCAGAAUCAAUUGAGCUAGCGAGAUUAAUGGAUCUAUUCAGAAAGGAAGUUGGGGUUGCAUACCCAGAAGAUUCUCAAGAGUUUUAAACACAAGAAAGGGAAAAUGAGUAGUUAUUUACAAUUUGUUAGCAAAUAAAUAAAUUUUUUUUGUUUCUUUUGA